UCAACAAGCCUGCCAAUAGGAGACCCCAUUAGAGAAACGAGCGACGCACAACUUGUCAUCAGAAUAUUUCUUCAAGUUGUGUUGUCUGCAUGGACUAAUUAACAGGCCACCAGUGCUGAUGAGCCGGCACAGCGAGUAAGGGGCCUCUUUGCGGGUAUUGCUGACGGCCUCACGUUGUCGUUCCCGUUCAGAAUUUGUCUUUUGUCCAAAAAUGUCAUUCGAACGUCACUCGCCGUAGAGCGACUGCGGCGUACUCCUUCGACUCGAGUUAUUUAAAAAUCCGAAAAUAUUUUACAUAUUUGUCAUGCCAUUCGACAUGUUUGCCCCCCCCCCCAAAUUUUUUUUUGGGGGGGGCAUCCUGUGCUGCCGCAGCACACUUGGCACAUGCCACCCAGUGCCACUGGGUACCGGGGUGUGCUUUUGAUCUUAGGACAAAUAAAUGACAUUGAGUCAGCCUUCAAGAACAAGAAGUGGGACAUUCCAUCUUUCAGCCUGUUUUUCCGACAGAAGCCAGCAAGGCAUGACAUCGUUUGGCUUUCCCGCCAACCAAAAUGGGAAUGGUGCUUUCAGACAAGCGUGACUUGUAAAAAGACUCUUUAAUUCCACGCCAGCCGAAGUUCCGGCUUGCCACUUUGACCCCGCGAGACGGAAUGAGACGCAAAUGGCUCUCGAAUUGUCAGUUUAAGAAGUUCUUGUGGCUUCAACGCCAUCCGUGUGACAACUGAGACGCUUCUUCUUGUUCUUGUUCCUCCUGCGUGUCAGCUGCCAUAUUCGGGACGGCGGGACGACGCUGUUGUAAAAUGGAGCCCGUGCUGAGAUCAUAAUUAACAUUUCCAACCUACACGGAGCCCUCCGCCCUGAAGAAUGGAGGGAGGGAGAGAAGAGGGGGGAGAGAGAGAGAGAGAGAUAGAGAGAGAGAAAGAGGGAGGGAGGGGGAGCCGCCGUAUGCUUGUACACAAGCCCGAUUUCCAUUUUUCCCCCAAGUCGUAAUGUAUUUAAUUCAAGCUGAACGUAAUCAUGACGUGUCGCGUCAUUAAUCUGCGAGCCAGCUCACGCAGGAUUGAAGGAGGAGUUGCACCUUCGCCAGCCGAAACCCUGGAGAAUGACGAUGGAUUCCCCAUCAGAGUUUGUGUUGCCCUGUUCCCCUGAGCCACUGCCCCAUCCCAAAAGCCCGGAAGCAUUUCGAGACGGUCUGGAUGCAGCGCCAUGCCCCACUUUCUCUAUGUCGCCCCCCGCUGAGGAAAACCUUCCCAACCACGAAGGCCAAGAAGAUGACCAACAGAACGGUGACGCGCUUCCUUCCCCCACCCCGGCUGUGGCUCUAUUCCCAGGAGGGGGAGGAGCCGAAGCAGGACGCAGUCCGAGUUUGGACUCUUCCCCGCCGGCCACGCCCUCUGCACCCCCCCUUGGCUUUGGAGCUCUGGAGUUUGCUCUAUCUUCAGGACCCACCGGAAGCUGCAAUGAUGAGCUGGACUUGCAGCUCUUCCAGAGGGACGCUUUCACCAGGGCGGCAACAGGACCGUCGCUGCGGUUCUCUUGUCACGUCUGUGGGAAGAGAUUCCGAUUCCAAAGCAUUUUGUCCCUUCACGCCAGAGCUCACAGUCUGGACCGUCACCGCCAAGCCUCAUCGCAUUAUCGCAGCGCUCUCCCCUCGGCGCAUCUCAAACAGAACCUCAUAUUCCAACAGAACAAAAAAGAUCAGAAUCAGAAGCACGGAGGAUACUCGGUGAGUGGGAAUCAUACACACACACUUCCGGAGGAGGACGAGGAAGAGGAAGAGGAGGAGGAAGAGGAUGAGCUCAAAGGCAGCGAACUGGUCCAGACCCGUGCAACAUUGAGCCCCCCGCUAAAUGAAGACGUUGAUCCUUGGACGGUGUCCGCUCCAGCUCCACCGACGUUCCGUUGCCAUGCCUGCAAAGGAAAAUUCCGUACGGCUUCCGAAUUGGCACGCCACAUCCGCAUUCUCCACAAUCCGUACAAAUGCACGCUUUGUCCUUUCUCCGCCAACCAGGAAAGCUCUCUGGCAUCCCAUCUGCAGGAGUGCCACCCCUCACCAGAGGUGCCUGCUUUGCCUUCCGCCUUUUCCAAUUCCAUCCCGGUCAACGCCCCCUCAGAUGCUCCCAAAACCUCAUCACCUGCCAAGAUGUCAGGGUUGUCCUCAUUGCCGGCAUUCCGUUGCGAUACUUGCGGACAGAGGUUCACUCAGUCGUGGUUCCUCAAAGGACACAUGCGAAAGCACAAGGACUCCUUGGACCACAAGUGCCAGGUGUGCGGGCGGGGCUUCAAAGAGCCGUGGUUCCUCAAAAACCACAUGAAGGUACACCUCAACAAGCUAGGCCUCAAAGCCAGCUUGGGAAGCACCGAUGCCGAUCCACAGGCCAAAGGCUCUGCAGGUCCCCUGUCCCUAAACGCCCUCUACUCCAGCCUUCUUUUGGCUCACCAGGGGUCUGGCAGAGCAGUGCAAGGGAGACCAGAGAAAGACACUGCAAGCAGGAUGCGACCGGCUUCUGGCAAGUCAGCUAUCCUGGGCUACUUGGGCCUUCCCAGUGACAGCGGCGGGGCCAGCUGCACGGAGAGACUCCAAGCCGUGGCCCAGGUGGCUGAAAGGGGAAGCAGCGGUGGCGGCGUGAGCUCGGAAGGAGGGGAGGCCGGAAGAGAGAGACCGGAGCCCAGAUACACCACCGAAGGAGUGGAGCAAACCCCCUGGUGGCAGCUGGUUGCUCGAAGCCUCGCUGUGGCUCAGCAGCAGCAACAGAGAGAGAAAGACCGGGCUCACCAUACCCGUCUAACCAGGACACUGGGAACAGAAAUGGAUCCACUCAGAGCCUACGCUGACGCUAUGGAUCCUAGAGGAGCUUCUGGAGGAACCUCCGCAGCAGCGAAGGGUCCCUGGGAAUGCCCCGACUGCGGAAAGCUCUUCCACAGCUUCCAGCAGGUGCUUGUUCAUGCUCGUCUUCACACUCACAAGGCCCAGGAAGAAGGCUCCGCAGGUGAGAUGGACGGAUCUUGCGGCUCCAGCCGAGCCAGAGGAAGCCAAGAUGAACUGAGGCAGGAAUCCAAAGUGCAACAAGCAGUGGCGGCAAGCUUUCCCUCUGUCAUGCCAGGCUUCAAAGGAGAGAAUGGGACCAUGGCGGCGCUGUCUGCUGUGCCUUCGCAUACCAGCAGCAGGGAGCGCGUCCGUGGUCGAGGGAUUAAGGAUUGUCCCUACUGCGGUAAAGCCUUCCGCUCAUCCCAUCACCUCAAAGUGCACCUGAGAGUCCACACAGGUGAGAGACCCUACAAGUGCCCCCACUGCGACUACGCUGGCACCCAGUCUGGCUCGCUCAAAUACCACCUCCAGCGGCACCACAGGGAACAACGCAACUCAUCAGGCUCCGCCACGUCCUCUGUGGGCAAACUUGCUGCCGCCAUCAACGGUCUGACCUCUGUUAAGCCGCGCCGAACGCAAACUGAUCUCAAAGCUCGGUCCGACAGCCCCGCCCAGCGAUCUUGGCUCCUUGGUCUUCCGCAGCAGCAGGAGCAUCGAACCGGUCAAGGAGCCCUUGCGUCUCUAAGGGACCUUGACGCGGAGACCCAGUACCACUAUCUAUCGGGGGCGAUGGGGGCCUUCUACCCUGGUGGUAUGGAAGGAGCAUGGAUCAAGGAGUCUCCUCCUCCGAAAGUCCUCAAAGUUUCCCGCCGUAAGCCCCUUACUACCAACCGACUAGUGGUGGCCUCCGACAAACUAGCGUCGCCUGGUCUGAAUCAAUCAGGCGGCUUUGAACCUCUCGAUCUGUCCCGCCGUCCAACCCCAGGCCUCGAAGGGCUGGAAGAAGGAGGAGGAGAAGACAUCAAACUAAAGCAGUGUUUGGACUGUCCUUUUCGGACAUCCUCAGCUGAGCUCAUGACCAUGCACCUCCAGGUCAACCACACCAGUAAGUCCCGACGUAAAAUUAGCUCUUUGUCCGCCUUGGAUGACGAUGAUGAGGACGGGUCCACGAAGGGUACCAGAUCCUGCCACCAGCCCAACUCCCUCAGGAUUUGGGGGCAUGCCAACAAGUCUCAAGCGGGAGCCCUGCAAAGCUCCUCAAACCAGAUCUGGACUCCCAAUGGGCUGGCUGCGGACCAUCAUGGUGAAAAAAUAGACCCCAACUGGGCUUUGAAUGAUGGCCUGGCUCUCCAAAGCGAGUCGGGGGGUGAAGAUGGUGAAGAGCAGGAGGACGAAGCGGAGUGCAGCAGCUGCCCUGAGGACCAAUCCGAAGGAAAUGUCCUCGCUGAUUAAAACAACUGUGGAUGUCCAAACAGCUGCACAUUUUUCCAGAUAUUUCUUUUUACUCGUUUUUCCCCCAAAACACAUUUGUGAGUUCAAAAAGCAUUCCAGCAAAAGUGGUCCAUGUCCAGACUUGGAGGUGGGAUACUCUGUGCAGUCAACAUUGUAUUUUUUGUCUCUUUUCAAACUGGAGUUGUGUAAAUCGGUGGACUCAGCUUGCGCUUCCAGUGUUUUUGUUUUUUUUUUGUAAAUUGAGGAAAGCUGAUGUCUCGAUGAAAAUAGGAAUGUGCAAAGGUAGCAGCCACGAGGAAAAGACUAACAAAAGCAAAGAUGUCCCAGUAGAAAGUGUAGCUUUUACCACAAGAGAAAAACAAAAAAAAAGGUUUUUAAUAGUAUUUGUUUGGUUGGAAAAUGACCUUGAUGUUUGUGAGCUGAAUGUCCUUACGCAGCACUGUGCAACUUGUCCUUCUUUUAGUGGAUCAAAAGUUGUUUUUCUUAUUCACGAUGGAUCAGCUCCCGGUCCGGGUGCGUGGUGUUAAUGAGCGUCAAUGUGUUUCCGCGGGAAUGUACUGCCACAGACGCCGAUCUUCGAUCUCCGACUGGACGCUCCUUCCGAGCGGCAAUUCUACCGUGCCUUCUGUUUCAAGCACUUCCUGCUCUGUUUUGUACAACCGGCUUCUUUCUGUCUGUCCUUUGCGCCAAAGCAGAACCCCCUGAGAUGGAGACGAGACUCAGUGUGACUUGGACCGGAGUAGACUGGCGCCACUGUUUUCGUGACUUGUAACUUGAAUCGACCUAAACUAAAAGACUUGCGGCUGGAUUAUGACUGACUUGGGAGUUUACAACUGGAGACGUGACGAGUUGUUCUAAAUGUAUUAAUUUUAACCCUUUCAUGCGCCCUCUAACCUGAUCACAUGAUAAACUGUCCACUAGAGUAACCGCUGUCCCUAAAAGGGUUCAUUGGUCACUAAUGUCGUGAAAUGACUGUAUUUCUCUUUUCUCUUCAUGAAGACCGGAUACUGCAGGCGAGACUGCGUUAAGGAAGCUAACUUGACUUGCUCAAGCCACAAUCAAAGAGUUGAGAGGUGUGUGAGACUCGUGUGUGUGCGUGUGUGUGUGUGUGUGUGUGUGUGUGUGUGUGUGUGUGUGUGUGUGACUUGAUCCCAUCUCUGGCAGAUGCCCUCAGCCCAGACCCUAAACCAAGGACAUAGUGUUCAAGCCCACGAGCUAGAUUAAAUCUAGCCCAAAUCUGUCCAACGAGACACUAAAGAUAGACGGAGACCAAUCAUCUUCUCCCCGUCGCUCUUCCUGCCCGUCCGUCCUUUUGUGGUCCUGAGGCCUUUCUUGGACUUCCAUGUGUGUUUGACAUGUUUUAAACAUGCUCUUGUGCUUGAAAAGAAAAGUCGUGUUGAAUGUUGUACAGCUAGCUAGCUUAGAGGUGUCGCUGGUACUAUAUAUUGUUUUUAUUGUUUUGUUUUGUUUUGUUUUGAAAAGAGUGAGAGCACAAACCCAAACAACCGCUCCCCCCUGACUCAAACAGGCCCACCAAUCCGAUCAUCAGCUUGGUGUAGAGAGGGGCUCGUUUUGAAUGUACGGCGAUGCGCCCGGCCCUAAAUUGGCUAAGAAAGGAAAUAGCCUCCCGCAAUCCAAACGGUAAUUGGCCACUUGGACUAUUUGCACCUUAUGCCCCGCCUGUCAAUCAACGGGUGUCCCAAGGCAGCGCAAGGGUUUGCGCUCUCGUGUAGUUGACUGCCAUUGCAGUGAGGACCGAGUCAUCUAACAUACUCUAGUCGUGACUAAUAUGAUCAACAUCAACAACAAAAAAAAAAGAAGUAAAUAAACCAAUAGAUGACGUGA